GCAAAAACAAAAAGGAUGAAGAAAAACACAAAAUUCGCGACUCAUGGAACAAUUUUUCCUAUUUUCCUGAAAUCACCCACAUUGUCAUCAAGGAGUCUACAGUUAGCAUUAACAAGCAGGAUAACAAAAGGAUGGAAUUAAAACUGUCCUCACAUGAUGAGGCCCUGUCGUUUGCAUCGUUGGUAGACGGGUACUUUAGACUUACAGCAGAUGCCCACCAUUACCUCUGCACAGAUGUGGCUCCUCCACUGAUUGAGCACAACAUAAAAAAUGGAUGCCAUGGACCCAUUUGCACGGAAUAUGCCAUCAAUAAACUGCGACAGGAAGGGAUUUUUUACGUGCUGAGAUGGAGCUGCACGAACUUUAACGACAUUCUCAUGACAGUGACUUGUUUCGAAGGCUCAGAGACUGUAAAAGAACAGUGCAUGACAAUAGUUGCCUUUACGUGUAGAGCACCGCAGGAGGGGACGUAUACACAGCUAGCUGGUGGAACAUAUUUUGUAAAAGAUGAGCUCAUGAGUUGGGAUAG